UGUGUUCUGUGGGUCAACCGUCAAACCCAUCUGACGUCAACUCAGCCGUCAAUUUUAGUGAAUUCGAUGACGUUUGUUUGUAUUAUGUAUAAUGUUAUUGCGGAACUAUUAAUUUUUAAAAAUAAACUACCUAUCUUCUUCUUUAAAAUAUUUUGUGUUGAUAUGUUAAUUUUAGUAACCCAAAGUAAAUCAGUUAAAUAAACUUUGUUUAUGUUUACAAAUAAUGGCAAAAUCCAAGGUUACGGGAGCCACGAGUAGGCUCAAACAAGAUUAUCUUAGACUAAAAAACGACCCUGUACCGUAUGUGACUGCAGAACCGGUGCCUUCAAAUAUUUUAGAAUGGCAUUAUGUUGUCAAAGGACCCGAGAAGAGUCCAUAUGAAGGAGGCUAUUAUCACGGAAAAAUCAUAUUUCCUAGGGAGUUUCCUUUCAAGCCCCCAUCUAUCUACAUGAUCACCCCAAAUGGACGAUUCAAAACUAAUACUAAAUUGUGCCUUAGCAUUACUGAUUUCCAUCCAGAUACUUGGAAUCCGGCUUGGUCAAUUUCAACUAUUCUCACCGGAUUACUAAGUUUCAUGUUGGAAAAAACACCAACAUUGGGUUCAAUAGAAACAUCAGAAUAUCAGAAACGAUGUCUGGCAGCAGAAUCUCUUGAAAUUAAUCUAAACAACAAAAUGUUUUGUGAACUAUUCCCAGAUUAUGUGGAAGAGAUUGGGCAGCUUUUGAAGGAGAGGCAGGAAGCUCUGUUGCACGCUGAGAAUACUAACAGUGUUGGUGAAAGUGAUACAACCAGUGAACAUCAAUCAAGCAUGCAUUACAUAUUGACAAACUUAUUUGUUCUUGUUGGUUUUGUGUUCCUAGCUUUCAUGGUGAAACACGUUAUAUCCAAUGACUAAUGUUGUAGUUUAAGUCUUGGUGUAAAUAAUUUAACUUAUUUGUAAAUUAACACUGGUUCUGGUUUGUUAUAAAAAAGGAACUAUUCCAUAAUUCUAUAAAAAUCUAAUUUUAAGGUUAUUUUAAAUUUUAUGUAUAGAUUCUUUCUUCAGGAGAUUCAAAAUGUACCUAUAGUUACCAUUGGGAAUCAAUAUUGCAAUAAUUUAUAAAAAGCUAUAAUAAAUGUUUUGUUUGUAACUAUGUUUUAAAUUAAUUAUAGAUUUGUAUCUGAACUUUCCUUAUUCAUAAUUCUCAACUUUAUUUUACAUGAGUGAAACUUUGUUUAUAAACAUCUGAACUUUCACCAAAUUAUGUUCAAGUCAAUCAUACAUUCUAAUCCCAAUUUGCAUCAAGAACUACAUAUAGAUUAUUUAAAACAUUGCAAUAGCUAUAUCAAAUUAUAAUAAUAUAGAUAAGAUUGCUUUUGUGGAUUUUUUGUUUUUAACAUGUCAUUUCUAUGGAUGAGUCUGUCUACUGUAAGAAAGUAUUGCUGCACUGUGAUAGCAUAUAUUAUAUAGAAAAUUAUGGUUUUAAAUCCAGAGGGUGCUGGAUGAAAGAAUUAUCCUGGAUAAUUUGUGCAAUAAUAUUACUGCUUAAACAUUAAUGUAAUGGAAAGAACUAUCCUAUGGUGACCAACUUUCAUAUGGAAGCUAAUAUUGAGCAUUCAAAAUUAAAAUCAACAAUGCACUUUCAACAACUUUCUUUUUACAAUUAUGUAGAAUUUUUUUAAAUAUAAGACAUUAUUUUUACAUGAA